AUGUUCCUUCCUCUUGAGGCUUUCCAUCUAUUCUUGGGUGCAGGUAUUAAUGCCUGAGUCAUAUCUUUCAGAAAAGUUAUGAGGGUGGCGAAAAACAAUGGCAAAAAGCGGAGUUUUAUGAAAAUAAUUGUUACUAACAGGAACUAAAGUAAAAGUUCUUUCGCAUCUGGAAUGCCAACCCCUUGAUACUAAAUCAAAAAAUUAGAAAGAAAAUUGUUGCCGUGGUUACACCGACUCGCCCAUACCCUGACCUUUGUGUUCUUUGCCUACCUUGAGAAGAAGCUGUUUUAUUAAGGUUGUAAUGUUUCCUUUGAUUCUUGUUAAUUUUAAAGUACCUUCAUAUUGAGGAAAGUUCUUGUUUUUGUUAAGUUGCUUUUGCAUAAUAGUUUAAACUGUUUGCCUAUUUCUUCCUUCUCCAGGUACCCAACAUCAUGGCACCCAUAAUCCUCAGAAAGGAGGAGAUGGUGACAACAAGAAAGGUAAAUUAAUUUUAUUAGUGAUUGCGAUACUGAUCCUCUCGUCAAAGGCUCCUCAGUGAUUUGAGUAUCAGCAUCUCUCUCUCGUUUCCUCUUCCCUCGUUUUGGAAAAGAGUAAGACAAGGCCACGUUGUUGGAAAAAUGUAUGUAAAAGAAGUGGUUGUUCUUUUAAAUCAGGUAUUUUAAAAUAGAAUUGAAAUCCCAAAGUUUUGAAUCGGGAAAGAUAUGGGAAUGAUUUGUAGUGUAUGGUCUUUUUAUUCAUUCCUGUUUUAUUUUUUUUUUUUAAUUGAUGUUCACAUAAGUACGAUUUUUCACUAAAGGAUUAUGUAAAUCUCAUCACUAAGACUAAACAUAAAAAGGAAAAAGAAAGAAAAACAACAACCACGACAGUGACUAGAAAAGUACGUUAUGUUUAAAAAAAGACUAGAAAGGUACAUAAAGUAAUGAUUGUGUCCGCUCUGAAUCAAAAGCUUAAGUUUGUUGUUCAGGGGAUCAAUCAAUACGUGGACACUUGAGUAAAGGGUUUUUGUUAUGUUUCUUCAUUUAUCAGGUCGCCUUUCCACUGCAGCUAUCAUCGGUAUUUGUGCUGCAGCUGCUUUUGCUAUCCUGAUUGUUGUGGGAGUAGUAGUGUACUGGAAGAAAUACCAUCAUCGCUCUAGACUACGAGCCGCUUACUACAACGACAUAUCCAUGCACGACCCCCUGUACGAGGACUUUGGUCCAGAGGUUGCAUAA